AUGUGGCUGAGCCUUCUCUCUGGUUUGAUCGGCGGAUCAGCUGUCCUCUUUGCUCUCUACCGUUGGGUGAUCCCCACAGCUGUGCAGUAUCAUGGAGGACUGGCACUACUGUGGCACGAUGUCAUCGUGGAGCGUGCAGUGGACACUUUGACCCGGACAUCACGUCCUCAGGUGAGCUCUCUAAACAGAUUUACACAUCAGUCUUUGCUUUUUACAAUUUUUUCUAUAGUAUGUUGGUAUUGUGAUUCUCCCAGACCUAUCAUGAAAGGUUUCAUGACAGUAUUUCCCUUUGAGAGUUUCAAAGUAAAAUGACAGUGUGUGUCAUCCCUUUAAUGUAGGCCUACUCAUGUAACGUAAUGUAUGCCUCAUCGUAGGGACAAUACCAGCUGUCAUUUCCCCCCAGAAAUAUCUGGCAUCUUCUGAAGGCAGUGCAAAGGAAAGCUUGUCAAUUUCGUUGAUUGAAGGCUCGGACCAAGGUGCAGCGUGGUAGGCAAACAUAUUAAUUUAUUAAAUGAAACACAGACAAAACAACAAAAUAAACACGAACGUAAAGUUCUGCAGGCUACAAAGCAACCAUACAAAAACAAGAUCCCACAAACUAAGGUGGGAAAAGGGCUGCCUAAGUAUGAUCCCCAAUCAGAGAAAACGAUAGACAGCUGGUCAGGGCGUGACAAAGCUACUGUAGGAGACCCCCAGAGUGUGAUCACAGCCAUCGACCACCUCUGCAAACAUAGAGAAUGGGUCAUGAAUGUGGGGGAUGAGAAAGGUGCUGUAUGGAUGAAAUGUUAUUUGAAUGGGUUAUCGAUAACCAGCUGAGUGCCAAGACCUUUUAAUACUUAAUCUUCUUUUUAUCUACAUUCACCUCCAAAAUUAUUGGCACCCUUGAUAAAGAUGAGCAAAAAAGUCUGUAUAAAAUAUAUAUAUUAUUUUAUACUAAUACAUUUGCUCAGAGAAAGAGAUUUUGUUUAACGAGUAAAGAAAAUGGCACCCAUAAAGAUUAUUAUAAAUAAAAUCAAACAAAAUAAAAUCUGCAUUAACAUUAUACUUUCUUAAAGUUAAUCUCAGUUUAAGGAACUGUACUGUGGCCUUACAUGGUUUCCUGUUUCACUGGGGUAUCAAAAUUAGGUAACACGCAUGUAAAAUCACAAUUGUUAAAUGCAAGGAACUCACAAAUUAAAAGAGACAAAUGGUUGUUGACUUUCAUAAAUCAGGCAAUGGGUACAAAAAAAACGACUUAAAAGACAAAUAUACCACAGUGGUAAACUUGCCUGGUAGAGGACGCAUGUGUAUCUUGUCCCCACGCACUGUGAGGAAGAUGGUUCAGGAGACAAAGAAAAGUCCAAGGGCCACAGUUGGAGAAUUACAGAACUUGGUCGCAUCUUGGGGUGACCAAGUCUCCAAUUCUCUAAUUACACGCCACCUCUUGGCCAAUGGGCUAGUUGGAAGGGUUGCCAUAUAAAAGCCUUCAUUGAGAUCAACAAACAAAUGUAACAAUUUGAAACCGGGUGCUAUGGUGAGAUGAGACGAAAAACGUUUUUGAGAUCUAGAUUUUUUAGAUUAAAAAAAAACUUGUUAAACAAAAUAUUUUUCACGAGCAAUUGUAUUAGUAUAUAAGAAUAUAUAUAUAUAUAUAUAUAUAUAUAUAUAUAUAUAUAUAUAUGUAUAUAUAUAUUUUGCAUACAAUAUAGCUCAGUAUUUGUUUUAUUUAUUUUAUUUAUUUUAUUUAUUUUAUACAGUUUUUUGCUUAUCUUUAUCAAGGGUGCUAAUCAUUUUGGAGGUGACUGUAUAUAUUUUUUUCAGUCUCAUUGUAUGAUUAUUGGAUAGAGAGAGAUAGAGGUGAAAGAGAGAGUGCUGGAAGAGCAGUAGGCUGCAGCAGUAUAUACCGUAUGCGUUCCAGAGGCAAAGGCUUAGACCGCUAGACCACCCCAAGCCACAUGUCUACCUGGUCUUGACUGUGUCCACAUCUUUGUGAGUGUCUAUUUACUGUAUGUGUUCAUUACAGGCUCCAUUCUGGACUCGGUGGUCAAUGAAGUGAGUCCAGUUACUGUCUUGGAGUUAGGCACUUACUGUGGCUACUCAACAGUGCGAAUAGCCUGCCUAUUACCCCCUGGCGCUAGUGUCAUUACCUUGGAGUUCAACCCAGAUUAUGCUGCCAUUGCUCGUCAAGUCAUCAGAUGGUCAGGACUGGAGGAUAAGGUAAAAGGAGAUUGGGAUGGAUUAACAUAAUGACAUAUGAUGAUGAACGGGAUGUACAUUCAUGUAAAUAUGGGUGGUAGAUGUUACAAGAUACAGGUCAGUUGUAGCUCAGAAGCUUAGAUGAUAUCUCAUUACAGUUGUCCAGGUGCAGCUAGUGGAGGGAGCCUCAGGAGCUUGGAUCCCUCGGAUGAAGGAGCAAUUCGGGGUCCAGGUGUUUGAAUUAGUUUUCCUGGACCACUGGAAAGAUGGCUACCUUCCUGACACAAAACUGCUGGAGGUAAGUAAGAUAACUAAUUUGACCAUCCUGUGAUUAUAGGGAAUCAUUGAUAGUCUUACACUCUUACAUUGAUAUGAUCAAUCAAAGCCCAAAACAAAUGUCAUUAUUCGCUCUUCCUAUCUCCCUCUCUUUCUCCCAUUCCCCCAACUCUAUCUCUUCCUAUCUCCCUCUAUUUUUUCCCAUUCCCCCAACUCUAUCUCUUCCUAUCUCCCUCUCUUUCUCCCAUUCCCCCAACUCUAUCUCUUUCUAUCUCCCUCUCUUUCUCCCAUUCCCCCAACUCUAUCGCUUCCUAUCUCCCUCUCUUUCUCCCAUUCCCCCAACUCUACCUCUUCCUAUCUCUCUCUCUAGGAGUGUGGACUCAUACAGAAAGGCACAGUGCUGCUGGCAGACAAUGUCAUCUGUCCAGGAACCCCUGACUAUCUGGAGUACGUCUGCAACAGUUCUCGCUACAACAGUCACUACGACAGAUCCCACCUGGAGUACACUAAAGCAGAGGACGGCCUGGAGAAGUCU